AUGAUGAACUCAGUUUUAAAGAGGAGCGUUGUUAACGGUUUAAAUUUACAAAGAGGUUUAGCUACGGCUACAGCUGUGGCACCACGUUUAAAGAACUUUAAGGUUUACAGAUGGUCGCCCGACGAACCAUCUAAAAAACCAUACCUACAAACUUUCCAAGUGGAUUUGAAUGAAUGUGGUCCUAUGGUUUUGGAUGCAUUGCUAAAGAUUAAAAACGAACAGGAUGCCACUUUAACUUUGAGAAGAUCCUGUAGAGAAGGUAUCUGCGGUUCAUGUGCCAUGAACAUUGGUGGUAGAAACACUUUAGCAUGUCUAUGUAAGAUUGAUCAGAAUGAAUCAAAGGAUUUGAAGGUUUAUCCACUACCCCACAUGUACAUCGUUAAGGAUUUGGUUCCAGAUUUGACCAACUUCUACCAACAAUAUAAAUCCAUUCAGCCAUAUUUGCAAAGAAAGAGUUACCCAGAGGACGGUAAGGAAAUUUUGCAAAGCGUGGAAGACCGUAAGAAAUUGGAUGGUCUUUAUGAAUGUAUUCUUUGUGCAUGCUGCUCUACUUCAUGUCCAUCUUACUGGUGGAAUCAAGAACAAUACUUGGGUCCUGCAGUUUUGUUGCAAGCUUACAGAUGGUUAAUCGAUUCCAGAGACCAAGCCGCACAAACUAGAAAGGCAAUGUUGCAGAACACUAUGUCUCUUUACAGAUGUCACACCAUUAUGAACUGUACCAGAACCUGUCCUAAGGGUUUGAACCCAGGUCUUGCCAUUGCUGAAAUCAAAAAGGAAUUGGCAACGGACUAA